AUGGCGGCGUGCAUAACACCAGUAGCGUAUGGACAUAGCUUAAAAAAGGUGUUCUCUGUAAGAUCCUGUCUACAUUCUCGACUCAAGCCAGGCUACAGAUUCUUCUCGGGCUCCUCUGCGGUCCUCGCUGUCCCCGUACAGGAGCAGUACGAUCGGCUUGUCCUCAACGGUGGUCUUCGCAAGGACACGCAACAGAGACGUGUGCUCCAGCGUCUGGCACAGCUACAGGAGGCUCUGGCGGACUACAGCACCAGCACGGACCAGAGAGAGCACACAGGACCACUGCCUCCUCAGCAGGAGGAACCCACUCCAACCCCCAAAGGCUUCUAUAUCUAUGGAGACGUGGGUACAGGGAAAACUAUGCUCAUGGAUUUGUUUUAUUCCCACGUCCAAACUCAACAGAAAAGGAGAGUCCAUUUCAAUGACUUCAUGUUGGACAUUCACAGACGGAUCCAUCGACGGAAACAAAGCCUGCCGAAAAGAGGGCUCGGCAAAAUGUUCAUCUACGACCCCAUUGCUCCAGUCGCCAUGGAGAUUGCUGCCAAAACCUGCCUCCUGUGCUUUGACGAGUUUCAGGUGACUGACGUCGCUGACGCUAUGAUCCUGAAGCAGCUGUUCCAGACAUUGUUCAGGACUGGAGUGGUGGUGGUGGCAACAUCCAACCGAGCUCCACAUGAUCUGUACAAAAACGGACUUCAGAGAGAGACUUUCCUGCCUUUCAUCGACAUGCUGAAGACGCACUGCAACACAAUCUGCCUGGAUUCUGGGAUCGAUUAUCGCACCCUGGACACGGACCCUGCAGGAAAACUCUUCUACCUCACUCAAGAGCCCGGGUCCACGGCCUUCUUGGACAUGCUGUUUGACGAGCUGGCUUCGCAGCAAAAGAGCGCUGUAGUCCCUCGGGUGCUCCAGGUCCAGGGCAGAGAGCUGACUCUGUGGAGGACCUGUGGCUCCGUCGCUGACUGCACUUUUGAAGAACUGUGUGGACGACCUCUCGGAGCUGGGGACUACCUGGAGAUCGCCCGCCUGUUUGACACGGUCUUCAUCCGCCACAUUCCGGUCCUGAGCCUGGAUCUGAAGGACGAGGCCAAGCGCUUCACCACACUCAUCGACAACUUCUACGAUCGGAAGGUGAGAGUGGUGGUACAGGCUGCGGCCCCUUUACAUCGACUCUUUGUCAAAACUGGAGGAAACGAAAAAGAUCGACAACUGCUGGAUGAACUGGGACUGAAUCAAGACUUGGGGGAUCGUCUCUCUCUGUUCACUGCAGAGGAAGAGAUUUUUGCAUUUAAUCGCACAGUGUCCAGGUUGACAGAGAUGCAGACGGAGAAGUACUGGACUGAAGGAGACCGGAGGAACGGCCAAAAAAAAGCAAUCACUUAA